UAAAUUUCAGUCAUCCAAGUUUCACUCCUUUAUACCAUCUCACCCAGAUUGUCUCUAAACAAUAAAAUCAAUUCCAUAAUGAAACUCUUGGCCUCGCUGUUACUGUUUAUUUUUUCUUCUCUUCUCUUUGGAGGUGUCGUUGUAGCUGAGAGUUUAAAUCAGAAACAUCCGUUUUCCGGUCGAAAUAAAUUGUUUGUCUUUGGAGAUUCUUACGUCGAUAUUGGAAACACAAAACCUGAUGGUACGGGUGCAUGGGCAGUCCCUUACGGUAUCACUUAUCCGGGUAAACCCUCUGGCAGGUUCUCAGACGGCCACAUCUCCACCGAUUUUCUAGCCCAAUUGCUAAGGAUAAAAUUACCUGUGACCUACGCCAAGAAAGAUGACGCGGAUAAGACAAGGUUACAAUACGGAAUGAGUUUUGCGUAUGGAGGAACAGGAGUGUUCGAUACUUAUGCUAAUUAUCCUAACAUGACCGCUCAGAUCAAUCUCUUCGAGCAACUCCUCGGCAAUGUCUACUCUCCAUCCGACCUUUCUUCGUCCGUCGCUCUCGUUAGCGUUGCUGGCAACGACUAUAUUACUUUCAUUCUCGCGAAUCUUAAAGAUCCUGCCAAAUUAUUAGGGUUCAAAACAUUCAUCAGUCAAGUUGUGAAUCAAACCGAGCUGAAUUUGAGGAAAAUCCACACCUUGGGAGUGAAGAAGAUAGCAAUACCAUCAUUGACACCGCUCUGGUACAUCCCCAAGAUUGCAAACAGCUCCCUAAUUAUCAAAGUCAUUGUACAGGAUCUUGUAGAAUUCCACAACGGUUUGUUGCAGAAAUCAGUCGUCAAGCUUAACAAGGAGAACAAUCAUUCGGCUUUUACCAUCAUAGAUUACUACAAUACCUUCUUGGCUGUCUUCAACAACAAAGGAGAAAUCCCAGGGAUUCCGACGUUUCAAAACAUUUCCAUACCAUGUCUCGGGGAUGAUGGUAAAGUAUGUGAUGAUCCUAAGUCUGCUUUCUUCUGGGAUGGAAUUCACCCUACCCAAGAAGGAUGGAAAGCGGUUUACAAGGUUUUAAGACACAACAUCACCGCAGCCUUGAUGCCUAAAGCGUAAAACCACUUCUCGGGAUCGAAAAUAAUAAAACGUAUUUUAAAUUGUAUUGUGUGGCAACUCUAGGUCUAUCGUAUGUAUGAACGAAU